AUGAACGCUCUAUCGGAUGAGAUCGAGUCGGUUCUCUUCAUAUCUCGGGAAGUGAUGGUGUACCAAGUUCCCCCUCGGACAUCAUCAUCAGGGUACAAAGCAGCAGACUGGAAUGUCGAGUCGUUCGUCUGGAAGGGCAGACUGAGAGUGAUGGAAGUCGGCGAUAGGUGCGAAUUGAGACUAGAGGACGGCUCAACAGGCGAGCUAUUUGCGCAGGUCAACUAUGCCUCACCUUGGACACAAGUCGAGCCUGUCUUGGACAGCUCCCGGUACUUUGUACUCCGCGUAGAAGGGGAGGGCGGGAAGCGCGCAUCAGUUGGGAUGGGGUUCCAAGAACGGGGUGAUGCUUUCGACUUCAACGUAGCUCUACAAUCCGCUUCCAAGCGGUCGAACCCCUCAUCCGAAUCGAACCAGGCAUCGGGUCCGCCAAAACCUGUCGCUCCGCCAAAAGACUACUCGUUGAAGGAGGGUCAGACAUUUACGAUCAAGAUACCUGGGAGAGAAGGCAAGCGGGCCGGCGGCGGGGGUAGCGGUGGGCCGUCAUUACUGGGGGAAGGAGGAGGGGGUGGUGGGAUGUUUGCGUUACCGCCCCCACCGCCCCCUGGGCGGAGAGGAUGA